UUAUAAUAACGAGUAUUUUUGCAAUGGUGGCAAGAGUUAAUUGUCUUGACAAUGUGAAAAAUAGUCAAACUAACAAUAAUGUAAUAACGAUUUACACCGAUCCUACAAAAACAAAUGACAAGAAGUUUCUAACAGAAAUUUUUCCAAAAUUAGUGAAAGCUUUUGAUUCGGAGAAGUUUGAGUUUUUCUUUAUAGACGAAUAUUAUGCCGCAACUAAGCGAAUGUGUGCCUUUGACCAAUGGAAAAACGACUACGAAAAGCAACUUGAACUCUUCGUUUGUGAAGUAAGUGGCUCGGAAUUAAUUGAUUGUAUCAACAAUAUUGGCUGGACAGACAUAGAUGCAAUUAUUUGUGCAGCUUCAAAAUUCAAGAACUAUAGAUAUACAUCCAUUAAUAACUACAACAGUUUUAACGUUACUACAACCCCCAUAGUAACCAUAGGCAAGAGAAUGAUAUCUCAAAUUUUCCACGACAAUGUAAUGUCGUUCAUAUGCGCAUAUUUUGGAACAAAACAUCCUGCAAAUUGUAUCAGUCAUAAAGCUGUUCGUGGACGUCUAAUUAAACCUUGGCCAAAGAAUGUUAGAUUGAGAGCUACAUACCCAAGGAAUAAAGAACGACCUAAAAUAGUCAAUAUAUUUUCAAAUUUUUCCAAAUAUGAAGACAAAGAAUUUUUCAGUGAAUCUUUUCCCCGUAUAGCAUCUAACUUUGGGAGAGAAGUACAAUUCGACUACUAUUUCAUGGAUAAUCUAAAUGAGUCAUCAAAAAGGAUGUGUGCAUUAGAUCAGUGGAAAAGUGCCUACGAUAAGCAAUCAUGUUAUUUUAAAUGUGAAGCGAAAAACGUUUCAGAAUCAGACUGCAUUGAUAUCGUUGGACAAAGCGACAUAGACAAUGUAAUAUGCGCAGCAACAAUGAUAAAUGAUUACACAAACACAUCGUUAAAAUACUACUCAAAAUUGAAAACGAAUAGAACUCCAGUGAUCACAAUAGGAAAAAAUCUGCUCGAAGACAUGAAUUUCUUUGCAGCGAAAAUGUUUAUAUGUUUGUCUUUUGACUUUAAAUUUAAUAAAUACACUUGCGCAUCAAAAAAUGAUACUAUUGCGAAAUUUGCAAAUCAAGCGCCAGCAGCAGGAAUAUCAAGUAUAUUUACAGGAAAUUAAAAAACAAAACGAAGAAAAAGAAGUAUUGUAUCGAAAAUCAAGAAACAGUAUGCACAAUAUCUAUGGUAGUGAGUCGUAUAAAGUGUAACAAAUUUUACCUGCCGC